AUAAAAUCUGGAAAUUUACCCGGAAAAUACGAAUUCCGAUAUUUGUCACAAUAUCUCGACUAAGAAUCAGUAAUUGGCAUACACACCAAGAAGUUAACAUAAGGAUUCAUAUGGCCCGAAAAGAACAAUGGUUUUGAUGCAGACUAUUCGAUUGUUUCCAAGGCAUUCAGCUUUAAAAGUGCCUAAACAAUAUUUCUUGGAUACAUUUACCUACCGGUACCCACAUCAAACUAUGAACUGUUUGAACAACAAAACAUUGAAACAUAGCAGCUAUAAUAGCAGUCAUUGCUGCCAUAGCAACCAAUUUUAUAAAACAAUAUGCAACUACAAAAACAAUAUGUACGGCUUAAAUAAUAUUCAGUCAAACUGGAUUCAUACAAUGACAAAGUCAGAAGAAUUAAGAAUUUUGAGCAAGAACGCUUAUAUUUUGGAGAAUCCUUCGCACAAUUUAAAUCUUGCCAUGGUGAUAGUGUCUAGAAAAAAACAUACACAUUUGUAUCCCCCUCUCAUUGAGUCGGACCUUGAGGAACAGUUCACCAGGGGAUCUGGACCAGGGGGCCAAUCUGUUAACCGAACGAUGAAUAAGGUUGUCCUGAAACAUUUGCCUACAGGAAUAGUUGUCAUGAAUCAUGAAACAAGGUCACUAGAGACAAAUAGAAAACGAGCUCGUCAAAAUCUUCAGCAGAGACUGGAUUUCCAUUAUAAUGGAGAAAAUGCUUACAUAGAGAGACAGAAGCGAAUAGAGAAACUAAAAUACAAAACUAAAAAGCAAAAAGUAAAAAGUAAACUAGAAAAACUAAAAGAGUUCAAAGAAAGAGAAGGAUUGGAAUGAAUGUAU